AUGCGUGCACAGAUUGCAACAUUAACCUUGCAACUUGCCAAGCUGCAGAUAAACCCUCCUGCGGCAACCCCCUCGGUUGAGAAGAAAUUCAACAAAAAGUCGAAGUCGUCGCUGACCCUGGCACCUUUGAGGGAGACAGAGCGCAAUUUGCCGAGUGCCACUGCGGUGCUACCUCGACUAAAAGGACCUGUGGCGGGUCAAUAUGUUCAAGUUAGACUACAGGAAUGCUAUACCAUGGGAGUGUGGCCGACCUGGGACAAUCUCAAGAAGGAGAUUGAAAAAUAUUUCAAACCACAAGCUGAGCAUGACUGGGCGCAUCAGCAAAUCUGUUCCUUCAAACAAGGAAAUAUGAGGACGGAUGACUAUGUUACCCGGUUCCUGGCCCUCUCCAUCCAAGGAGGGCUUGGUAAUGAACAUGCAGUGGAACUACUGGAGUGCAAUGUGAACCCCCGCAUUGCAGAACAGAUCUACUUGCAGGAUACAAGAAACAAGAACUUGGCCCUGGCGGCUGAGGAAGGCAGGGAGCCCCCAUGGAUAUCGGCGCGGUCCAAGGAGGACAGAUGCACAGAUUCCAGGGAAACUGCUAUAAUUGCGGCCAAAAGGGACACAUGUCCCGAGACUGCAGAGAAGCAGGUCGCUCAACAAAAAAAUAACCAAGGGCGCCAGGCGCGCCAAUUAGAGUCCAAGAAAUCGGACGAUCGGCUCCAAACUCUGGCUGGUCGUUCAUACGACAAAAUCCGGGCCUUUUUCUAUGACCAACAGGUCAAUGAGAUGAAGGCUCAGGGAAAAGAGUUUGGAGCUUAG